ACCUGCACCCGACCCCGCCGUCGGUUCUAUCCACCGGUCAAUCUAAUUCGGCAUCUGCACCGUCUGCAACCUGGCGCGGGUCGACCGGUUUCAGACGUGGAUUUCUCGGUCGAUCAUGUGCAUUCACCCCAGGUUUCGUGUUUAUCUUUCCAUUCCACUGCACCCUCCAGGCCGGCAACUGCAAACGGGGUCCAUCCUGUCCAAUCGCCUUCAUGUAACUUAACCGUAGAGGCCGCUCUCACCGGAAAGAUCAAUUGCACUGCGACUUCGGACAUUGUUGCCCUGACGGAUCCUGUUCCUGAUUUGAAUCUGGUGAAUCUCGGUCUUAUUCAACACCAUCCGGACGAAAUCAUUCCAAUCUCGAGUUCCUUGUUGGCAUCGAAUUCAUUUUCCAGUGUACCCGUAUGUCGUCUACUUCAACCCCCGUUGACUGAUGUUGGUUCCGCCGAAAUGUGGCCGUUCAAUUCCGCUCAUCCUCCCCCGUCCUCAAACGCCACUGGACACCCAUUGUGGCCGUGGUCGAUCACUCAAACUGGUGCAUCCCGUACUCUGCAUCCGGGCUUGGCAGUCAAUUCUGGGGUGAUGUGGCCAGAAUUCACACUCGAUGGCUGGAAUAAUUCUUGUUCAGGUGGAACAACCGCUACCGGAUCGGCAAAUCCGGUCGAGGUGAUGCGAACCGAAGUUUGCCUACAUUUUUGGCAAUUAUUUGUUUGUAUUCUCACCGGGUCUAUCCCACAGGAACGAGCACGCCGUAACAAUGUUUUUCUCUACAUCAAGAUUCCCGGAUUUCCUAUAUGUUUGAGCUAUAAAAUUCAGCUGCGGAACAUUAGCAGUAGCACCCAACAACUUUGUCAUAUGAUAGGUAGCGAUGGUAUUCUUGCCUGUGAUGGCUAA